AUGGGUGCUAGCAACUGGACCCUAGUAACCGAGUUCAUCAUCCUGGGCUUCCCUUAUGCCCGAGAGACUGAGCUGAUCCUCUUUGCGGUCUUUCUCCUGAUGUACGCCUUGACCUUCACUGAGAAUAUAGUCAUCAUCCUAGUCAUUGGCAUGGACUAUCGCCUCCACACCCCUAUGUACUUCUUCAUCAGCAACCUCUCUGUUCUAGAGAUUGGCUACACUACUGUCACUGUGCCCAAGAUGCUGGCCAACAUUGCCAUUCAGUCAAGGACCAUCUCCAUCACCGGUUGCUUCACCCAGCUCUACAUCUUUUUCUUCCUGGGCUCAGCUGAGUGCUUUCUGCUAGCAGCCAUGGCCUAUGAUCGCUACCUGGCUAUUUGCAACCCACUCCACUACACUACCAUGAUGGACCGGCGGGUUUGUGUGAGGCUGGCCCUGGGGUCCUGGCUAGGUGGUUUCCUAGCACCAGCUGUGCCAACUGCCUUUAUCUUCCGCUUGCCCUUCUGCGGCUCCAAUGUCAUCAAUCACUUCUUCUGUGACUCACCGCCACUGCUGGAGCUCUCAUGCCGGGACAUCUUUGAGAUUGAAGUGAUCAAUUUCAUGGUGGGCACAGCUGUGCUGCUCAGCUCCUUCGUCCUCACCAUGGUGUCCUACAUCUUCAUCGUUGCCACCAUCCUACGCAUCCCCACUGCUGAGGGGCGCAGCAAGGCCUUCUCCACCUGUGCCUCCCACCUCACCAUCGUCACAAUGUUCUAUGGCACCACCAUCUUCAUGUACAUCCGCACCAAGACCAUCCAGGCCUUUGACUUCAACAAGGUGGUGUCCAUCUUCUAUUCCGUGCUCACUCCUGUCAUCAACCCUAUCAUCUACAGCCUGAGGAACAAUGACAUCAAGCAGGCAAUGAGGAAGGUACUGCUGCGCAAAAAGGAUUUCCUCUCCAAGUAA